AUGUCGUCCACCAGCAACGCCUCCAUUGACAAGUUCAACGGAGACAAUUACGCAACGUGGAGCCGGUACAUGCGCGGUGUGUUUUUGACGAAGUCCGUCUGGCACGUUGUCAACCGUGAAGUGACUCCGACUUUCACCGACCCGCGAGCGUCCGAUGACUACGUCAAGGCAAGCAACGUCGCGUUUGGUAUGAUGCUGCUGCACAUGAACGCGGACUACCAUCAUGUGCUGGACAACUGCGAGGAAGCCUGGGUUGCGUGGACAAGUCUGAAGACGCUGUACGGUGGGUCGCAGAAGGCAGGACGCAUCUACCUCAAGCGACAACUUUUCAGUAUCAAGAUGGCUGAAGGCGCGAACGUCAUGCAUCACUGCAACGAGGUCCUCAACAUCUCCGCCAAGCUUAGCGGCAUCGGUGCGAAGAUGGAAGACGAAGACGUUGCAAUUUGUCUGCUACUCAGUCUUCCGAAGAGCUACGAAAAUGUGGUGCUCAACAUGGAAAUGAGCAGCACCGAGCUUCGCACUCAAGAUGUGGUGAGAGUCCUGACGAAUGAGCAUGCCAAGCGUCAAGGAGAAAAAGGGACAACGACAGCGACUACGGUGAAGGCUGAAGAUGCAAGCAAGGCAUUCAGCGCCGAGCGUGAGCCCUACCAAUGCACGUAUUGUGGCAAGGUGGGACACACGGUGGAUCGUUGCUGGACAAAGCAGAAGAACGAAGGUCGGGGAGCCCGACGCGGCGACAAUUGA